AUGUUCUCUCGAGUUUUUUUUGGUAGCCUAGCUGUCGCAGCCACUCUUCUCUCCCAGCAGUGCGCCGCCAAAUUCCCUUUUGGAGGUUAUCAACUGGAAACUGUCAAUAAUUGGGGGGAUAACCCCACUGGCCUGGAGAUGCAGAUCUAUAAGCCCGGAAAUGUUGCUGAAAAACCUGCCGUCAUUUUCGCGCUUCACUUUUGCUUCGGGUCAGGCAGCCUGUAUAAUGACCUGAACAACUACUCGGAACAAGCCGAUGAACAUGGUUUUAUCGUUGUUUUUCCUUCUAGCCUUCACGAGAACGGCUGCUGGGACGUCUCAUCAAACACCUCUCUGACCAGGUUCGGAGGUGGAGACAGCACUGGGCUAUUCAACAUGGUCAAGUUCGCCAUAUCCGAAUAUGGUGCUGACCCAGCCCAGAUCUUCGUCACCGGUUCCUCCUCUGGCUGCAUGAUGACCAACGUCAUGAUUGCUCUCUACCCAGACCUGUUUGCUGCCGCGACCUGCUACUCUGGCGUAGCUGCAGGCUGUCUUGCCGGCUCUCCCAGUUCCAGUCCCAUCUUUUCAGAUCCUGCGUGCGCCAAUGGCAACGUUAACAAGACUGGCGAACAAUGGGCCCAGAUUGUGUACAAUAUGGAUCCAGGAUACAAGGGUCACAGGCCCAAAUUUGCGACCCUACAUGGAACGGCUGACACCGUUGUCUCUCCGAGUAAUUUAGACCAGGAAAUUAAACAGUGGUCAACCGUGUUCGGAAUCAAACAGACUGCCUCGAACCCCAACACGCCGCAGCAGGGAUACACGCAGCUUGUCUUUGGUACCGGAACACAGUUUGUGGCGUACUCUGCAGCUGGUGUAGGACACACUGUGCCUGUUAAUACAACCUUGGAUCUCGAGUGGUUCGGUAUUACAAGCAAUGCCGCUUAG